AUGGUAGAAUAUGACUCUUCUGCACCUACAAUUACACAACGUGCUGCUGCACUUAAAAAGGCAAUGACAGAGGUCCAAAAACUAUACGCCGAACGACAGUCCUGCGUCUAUAGCUAUGUACGUGUAUGGAGGGAAGGAAACACCAGCUAUACAGGAGAGUGGAAAGGCCCGUACAAAUUACUAAGUGUUGAGAGCGAGAUGUGCAUAAUCCAGUUUCCAGAUGAACCAAAGCAAUUCCAUAUAACUGUUGUGAGGCUGUAUUACAAGGCACCAGAUGAGAACAACCAAGACACCAAUUCAGAGCAUACAAAUGAAGAGCCUGAGGCACCUUUAGGCACAAACUCAAUACCAUCUAUACCUCAAGACGACGAGCCAGACACAUCUACAUCCCAGGCAAGGCCUGCACAGCGCCCCCAACGAAAUUGGCAAUUACUAGCCCGAUAUUAA